AUGGCGAGAGAAUCCUCAAAGGGUUAUGGGUUCUGGCAUGGAAUAGACGAGGAGGUGUUCGAUGGACUUCGCUUUGCAGUAGCCACAAGGAAACAUGCUGAAGAUAUCAAAAAAUUCAUGUCCUCUGAAUUCGGCACUCAUGAACCAAUAACAAGCUCUUUAGCUGCAACGCCAGCUGAAUUACGUGAUUUCUUUCACGAUUUAGCUGAGUCUGGAUACUCACAUGAGAAAUAUUCUACUGUUGUGUACGAUGAUAAAAGGCUAAUUGCCGCUAUAUUAUGCUCUGUAAGCCAAUGCGAGGAUGUAGUCAAAAGUCCUCCAAUCAAUCUAGAAACACACGAUUUUGCCGAAGAUAUCGCUCAAGGCCCAUACAAGCAACACAAAGCGAAUCAAUUGGUUACAUUUGUUACUGCUUUGCAGCAAAAACAGGACCUUUUGUUUGGAAGCGGAAGCAAAGUGUUCAAACUCGACAUAUGCGCCGUUAACAUCGAUUACAGAGGGCAGGGUUUAUGUAAGGAGCUAGUUCGGCGAGCAGUUGAGACAGCAAAGACUGCGGAAUGCGAUUGGGUAGCAGUUGCUGCUACUGCAUCUGCCUCUCAAGGGCUUUUAUCACGGUUAGGUUUUGAAACUCUCUACGAAAUUCCCUACACGAUGUUUCGUGAAAAUGGAGUCGCUGUUUUUCAAAAUCUGCAUGAUGGAUGUGAAAGUGGCAAAUUUAUGGCAUUACGCGUGACCUAGUAAAUGAAUAAAUGUUCUGUAG